AAAAUCCAAUCUUGCUUCUUCUUCUUCUCCAGCUUUCUUCUCUGACCCGUCAAACUUAAACCCCUCCCUCUUUGAUUAAAAUAUGAUCCAACUCCAAUCCUCUACCUGCUGAUGCACCUGUUUAUGGAGAAGCCCCAAACCCUAAAAUCCCCACAUUCAACCCUAAAUCCCAACUUCUCAAUCCCCAAAUGGCCACAGACGCAAAGCCCAAGUUCCAAAACCCGGACUUCCACCCCAUUCCCACCGACUACGCCCCAGUCGACCACCUCGCCGCCACCCCCACUGCCGCUUCCGCCCACGACGGCCUCCACUUCUGGCAGUUCAUGAUCGCCGGCUCUAUCGCCGGCAUGGUCGAGCACAUGGCCAUGUUCCCCGUCGACACCGUCAAGACCCAUAUGCAAGCUCUCGGGUCCUGCCCGAUUAAGUCGGUCGGUAUCCGGCAGGCACUCGGCUCCAUUAUGAAAGUCGAGGGCCCCGCCGGGCUCUACCGCGGCAUUGGCGCCAUGGGCCUGGGCGCCGGCCCGGCCCAUGCCGUCUACUUCUCGGUGUACGAAGCCUCCAAGAAGUACUUCUCCCACGGCAACCCGAACAACUCGGCAGCCCACGCUGUUUCCGGGGUUUUCGCGACGGUUGCGAGCGACGCGGUUUUGACGCCGAUGGAUAUGGUGAAGCAGAGGCUGCAGCUGGGGAAUAGCCCCUACAAGGGUGUGUGGGACUGUGUGAAGAAGGUGUUUAGGGAAGAUGGGGUUAAGGCUUUUUACGCUAGUUAUAGGACUACGGUGUUGAUGAAUGCGCCGUUCACGGCGGUGCAUUUCGCGACGUAUGAGGCGGUGAAGAAGGGGUUGAUGGAGAUUUCGCCCGAGCAUGCGGAUGAGGAGAGGCUGAUUGUUCAUGCUACUGCUGGUGCUGCAGCUGGAGGAUUGGCCUCGGCCGUCACCACGCCGCUUGAUGUGGUUAAAACUCAGUUACAAUGUCAGGGAAUUUGCGGGUGUGACAGAUUUAAAAGUGGUUCAAUUGGAGAUGUGGUUCGAACAAUACUGAGAAAGGAUGGAUACAGAGGACUUGUGAGAGGAUGGGCUCCAAGAAUGCUAUUCCAUGCCCCUGCUGCUGCUAUCUGCUGGUCAACAUAUGAAGCGUCAAAGACCUUUUUUCAAGAACUCAACGAUAGUGAUAGUAACAGUGGCACUGUGACCUGAAUAACCUUUCAAGACAAAGGAGUUUUUUUCGUUGCAUUAGCGAUAGAUUUGUAAAAGUUUGCAUCACACGAUGGUUGAGUAAGGAAGUCAGUCCAUUGGAAAUUUUCAGGCUUCACUGGCAGUCGAUUCGAUACACAGAUUCAAUACACAGGAUUAGUCAGCAAGUCAAAUUCAUUGGUGCUGGUUGAGUUGUUUGUAUUGUAGCCAUUUGUAGUCUGUUUUUGUAGUUUUUCUUUUCACCUGCCCAGUGUUUGUCCCAAUAAUUUAAGAUAAAUCUUUUUAUUUUAUGCCAAAGAGAGAAGAAUAAGUGUUUUAUUGUUUUUUUCGAGAAAAAUGUGGUUUGUUGUUGAUUAUUAAGGUUUUUGAGUAAUCCAGCUCUCACAAAUACACAGUUCACAG